AUGUACUUGCGUAGACAACAUGGUUGGACUGGAUUCACUCCAAAGGAGGACCCACAAAUAAAAAAGAAUUCUUCUCUCUUUUCCAAUAUGCCUAAUCUUCAUCACAAACUGGUGGCUCAGAGAGAGAGAGAGAGAAAGAGAGAGAGCAAAAGAUGGCUCUAAGAGCAACUAUAAGCAGAGCUGGUUCAUCUAAUGCAGCACCGGCUGAAAGAAGAAGAAGAAGACCAAGGAUACUGGAAUUGGGAAGAAGGAGCCUCCUCCUAUCAUCAACUGCAGCUGCUGCUUCUUUGCAAUCCAAUAAUAAUGAGUCCGGGAGGACUGAGCUUCUUAAGAGGUAUCUGAAGAAAUCAGAAGAAAACAAGGCCAAGAAUGACAAAGAGAGAUUGGACAGUUAUUACAAGCGAAACUACAAGGAUUACUUCGAUUUUGUGGAAGGUUCUCUCAAGGGGAAGAAAGAGCCGCUCACUGAAUCAGAGAAGGGAAUUCUUGAUUGGCUUCGAAGUAACAAAUGAAAGAUGAAGCAAGCAGAGCUCCCCAUCAACUUCGUUUGUUCUUCACAAGUUUGGUUGUGAUGGAGUGAUUACAUUUGAGAUUCUCUCCCUUUAUCGUCAUUAGAUCUGGACUCUUCCGUGAAUACGUUUGUUCUUAAUUUUGUUUGAUUUGUUACAGUCCACUGUCUUGUAUCAUCCUAAUGUUCGACUAAAUUACAAGAACAGGAUUGUUUAUUGUC